AUGGCUGACCUCCAGCGAAGCGGAUCGGUGCUCGUCACCGAGAUCAAGGCCGACCACGCCGCCCAGCCCUCGAACGGCUCUGCCAUCAACGGACAUGCCGUGCCCGGAACCGCGACCGAUGGCGGUGCUGCCCCCGCCGCGCCCCUCGACCCGAGCCUGACCAGCCCGCCCGCUCACUCGGCGCAGGCGUCUCAGGCCAGCGCCAUGCCCUCGGUCCUGCCGCAGGCUGUUCCCGGCCACGUUGCCGACGCCUCGCAGGCCUCGGCCACCGGCAGCGUCGCGCCGCAGCCCCAGGCUGCGAUGUCGUCCAAGGAGAUCAAGAAGUACGACAAGCUGAUGAAGACCGAGGCCAAGAGCGAGGAAAAGGCGCUCAAGAAGGCGCUCAAGGACGCGUCGACGUCCGAGAAGCUGCUGCGCAACGCGCGCGACGAAGAGGCCGAGGCGCUCAAGAAGCAGGAAAAGGCGACGACCAAGGAGCACAAGGCCGCAAAGGUGCUCGCCAAGGCGCAGGCCGAGUACGAAAAGUACGCCUCGGACCUCGAAAAGGCCAAGCAGAAGACGGAACUCAAGAAGAAGCACCACCAGGACAUGAUCCAGAGCUACGAGACGACAAAGGCCCACAUCGAGGAGCUGCGCAGCCGCAAGCUGGCAAACGACCAGGACCGCGCCAAGCGCGCCGCCUCGAUCCACGGCACCGUCACCUCGAUCCGCAAAUAG